GCUCCUGCACCAUGAAAAUCCUGCUUUGUGACCUCCUGCUGCUCAGCCUCUUCUCCAGCGUGUCCAGCAGCUGCCAGAAGGACUGUCUGACCUGCAGAGAGAAGCUCCGCCCAGCUCUUGACAGCUUCAACCUUGAGGUGUGCAUCCUUGAGUGUGAAGGGAAGGUCUUCAGCAGCCCUCUCUGGACUCCAUGCACCAAGGUCAUGGCCAGGGGCUCCUGGCAGCUCAGCCCUGCUGACCCAGAACACGUGGCAGCUGCCCUUUACCAGCCAAGCGCCUCCUCCGAGAUACAACUGAAGCGAAUGCCUCGCAUCAGGAGCCUAAUCCAAGCCCAGAAAGGGACAGAGCCCGGCAUGGAUGAGACUGGAGAAAUGGAGCAGAAGCAGCUGCAAAAGAGGUUUGGGGGCUUCACCGGGGCCCGGAAGUCGGCCCGGAAGUUGGCCAACCAGAAGCGGUUCAGUGAGUUCAUGAGGCAGUACCUGGUCCUGAGCUUGCAGUCCAGCCAGCGCCGGCGCACUCUGCAUCAGAAUGGUAAUGUGUAGCCGGAAGGGGAGCCCCUCCCAGCUGCACCAUCCACUUCAACCCA